AUGGGUGCUCUUGAUCACAUCUCUGACCUCUUUGACUGCUCUUACCGAAGAAGUUCCAAAUACAAGAAAAAACGCAAACAAUUCCAGACGGUGGAGGUGAAAGUGAAGAUGGAUUGCGAAGGAUGUGAGAGAAAAGUGAAGAAAUCUGUGGAAGGGAUGAAAGGGGUGACACAAGUGGAAGUUGAACGGAAAGCAAACAAGGUAACCGUUACGGGUUACGUGGAGCCUUCCAAGGUGGUGAAACGAAUAGUGUAUCGAACGGGGAAAACGGCUGAGCUAUGGCCUUAUGUUCCAUACGACGUGGUUGCACACCCUUAUGCUCCUGGUGUUUACGACAAAAAAGCACCUUCCGGUUACGUUAGAAACGCUUAUGAUCCUAACGUUUCUAGCCUCGCGCGUGCUAGUUCUGCGGAAGUUAGGUAUACUACUGCUUUCAGCGAUGAUAACCCCGCCGCAUGCGCCGUCAUGUGAUUCCUCAGUCACGCCGCAGCUAUCGACUGUUAUCAGUUAGAUGGUUAGUUAGAAGUUAAAUCUAACUGAUAACUGUAAUUGUUUUAACAGUGGUAGAAGCUAAGCUCUCAAUGUAGAUAUAAAACAAAACCUGAUAUAAAGUUGCAUAGGCUAAUUGGUUUGGUUUUGUUACUUUCAAUGUCUAUUUCAUCUUUUUGUUUCUGUAACUUAGAGAGAUGAGCUCCCAAGUUCAUCUUCAACAAUGAUUGAACCAUAAAUACAUAAAAGAAAUUAAUAUGA